AUGGUACGCCUCAAAAGUCGCUACAUUUUGUUUGAACUUCUCUAUCCAACAGCUUCUCAAGAGAGCACCUCUACAGAGUGUUCACGGAAAGAAAUUCUGUUAAGGCAUCAUCGGACCAGUGCGGCCCAGAUAAGUACCAAAACCAUCAUACAAGAGCUGCGAAAAGUGUUGCAGUACAACUUUGGCGAUUAUGGUGCUGGGAAAGUGAACUCUUUGCUUCAAAUGAAGUACUUUUCUAAUCGAACUUCUACUGGCAUAAUACGAUGCAGUCGAGAAGACUACGAACUGGUGGUGGUGGCAUUGACAUUGAUGAACAAGAUUGAGGGCAUAGAAGACAUUAUAGUGAACCCGGUAAAAGUGAGUGGAACGAUCAAGCGUAUCGAACAGCACGCGAUUAGACGUAGUGAAAGGCUGCUGACAGUGAUCCAAAACAAUCGAGAAACUGAGCAUUUCGACAAUGUGAGCGAAGAUGACGCUCAAGAAUAA